AUUCACUCAUUAUUCCUUCCUAAUUCUUAGAACCAAAACAUGAAAAGUAAGUUAGCCUGAGAUGAAAUUUAAUCUGCAUUGAUAGAAAUUGACAUCAGCAUUGGAACAUCAGCACUCGAUCGUUUCGGCUGCGCGUGUGCGAAAUUUCUUAUUCACCCGCCCACGCCGUCGUUCCCACCGCCUUCGCCGUACGUCGGUCGGUCGGUUGGUCGGUCGGUCGGUCAGCCUGAGUCAGUCGCUGGUGGCGUCCGUCCGUCCGUCCGUCCGUCCAUCCGUCCGGUCGAUCGGUCGGUCGGUCGCUCGUUUCAACGUCACGGGGGCUCGCGGGGCCGAGUACGCGUACGCAUCGCAGUAACGCGCGCGAGGCCAGCGCGAUCGUUGGCGAUCGCUACGCGACGGAAGUGGACGGGUCUCGCGCAAUUUUACGCAGCGAGUCGCCUCCGGCUAUUUUUCUCCCGUGCGCCAACCGUGGUCCUCCGCACAUGUGUGGUGAGGGAAAUCGGGAUCGCCGUUCCUAUCGCCAGACGCACUUCUCGCGCUCUCGUUCCCGUUCUCGAUCUCGUCGUCAACGCGAGCGAACGACGCGUCACGCACGGCGCGAGAACACGCAGCGCCAGCCUCGAGAGCAUAUAGCAUGUUGAUUCGUGCAUCAGAUGGACAAAGCCCAAUGUAUUAAAGACUCUCAGUCAUGGAUCAAUACAAUGGUAUGAGUGACGGAGAUAUUAAUAUAAGCGAUAUCAUUGACGUCAUUCAAACCACCGAUCCUGGUUCUAUGGCUACCAUAGCAAUGGAUAGUGAACAUGUUCAGCCACAUGUCGAGAUUCUGGAGCAGCCAGCCAGCAAAGCAUUGCGAUUUCGCUAUGAGUGUGAGGGCAGAUCAGCUGGCAGCAUACCUGGUGUCAAUAGUACGCCAGAGAACAAAACUUUCCCUAGUAUACGAAUUGUGGGUUACAAGGGACGCGCUAUGGUAGUUGUAUCUUGUGUAACAAAGGAUUCGCCAUACAGACCUCAUCCGCAUAACCUUGUCGGCAAGGAAGUAUGCAAACAAGGUGUUUGUACAGUAGAAGUUCCUUCGGGAAAUAUGGUUGUUACUUUCUCAAAUCUGGGCAUUCAAUGUGUGAAGAAAAAAGACAUCGAAGAAGCUCUCAGGAUGCGUCAAGAAUUACGAGUAGAUCCCUAUCGAACUGGUUUUGAGCAUAAGAGACAUCCAACUAAUAUCGAUCUCAAUGCGGUGAGAUUAUGUUUCCAAGUUUUCUUGGAAGGGUCACAGAAAGGAAAAUUUAACAAACCGUUACCGCCUAUUGUAUCUGAUCCUAUUUAUGAUAAAAAGGCAAUGUCAGAUCUUGUGAUUUGCAAAUUGAGCCAUUGUAGUGCAUCAGUCGCUGGUAGUAUAGACAUGAUUUUGCUAUGUGAAAAAGUCGCGAAAGAAGAUAUACAAGUAAGAUUUUUCGAGGAGAGAGACGGGCAAUUACUCUGGGAAGGAUAUGGUGAUUUUCAACCGACACAUGUACAUAAACAAACGGCAAUAGCAUUCAGAACGCCUAGCUAUCGUACACAACAAGUGGAACAGCCAGUGCAAGUGUACAUCCAACUUAGAAGGCCAUCGGAUGGUGCUACGAGCGAAGCGUUACCGUUUCAGAUGUUACCACUAGGUACAGGUAGGCCUGCUUUCUGGUCUUUACGGAAAGCAUUUGCCAGGAAGAAGGCAGAUUACAGUACCUUCAGUAAAAUCCUGUCUACAGAGACUGCUCUUCUUGCCAAUGUAACUCCUAAAUUUCCUCGUAAUAUCGACGAAUUCAACAAUAAUGAUCUGGACGCGAAAAGAGCGAACAAUAAAAUCUCUGCAUUACGCGCUUUGAAUGACUUGUACAACGUGAAGAAUCACGUAGAUUUGUGUAACAGCGAUUUAAAAACGUUGAUAAAUUCUGCACAAAAUCUCGAUCAGUCCACAAAGAAUACCGUUUUAGAUUAUGAGAAUAACGAAAUGACAAUAAUCUCGGGGGUAAACGUGGAAAAUAAUAAAGAAAUUAGUAAAUUGUAUACUCUUGACAGUAAUAAUGUAGAGAAUGAUGCAUUUAUUGCUGAUUAUAAGGAAGGAAUUGUCGAUCCAAUUUCUUAUAUGAAAUCUGCCACACAGGAAGGCGACACAUCCGCGUCGAGAAAUGUAGGUAACUCGAAGGGUAGGUCAGACUGGUUCGAUUAUUCUGAAAUAAGCAAAUGGGUACAGAAGGGACAAGCGUGCCUUAAGGAGAAGGAGAUAAAAAACGAGACAGAGAAUGGUAAUAAAUCGUUCAAUGAAUUUUUGACGCAAGUAGCCGAAUUGGAUCAAAUUUACGCUGAUACGCAUAAUAAACUGGUGCAAGACGCUACGGAAACGAAUGUGAAUCCGCAAAUGAUGGAUAUUGAUGUCCGUGACAAUCAGACUUACACCAGUUUACAAAUGGCUAUGAAAAAUCCGAUACAGCUGUUCAAUAUUACCGAUGAUAGAAAGUAUGAGGACAUAGUCGUGCCGAAACAAGAUGCAGAAGUAUCCGUCGCGUCUCCAACGUUAACAGCUAAGAGAGACGUGAUGCACGAGGCGGAGGAGAGAUUACCACCCUUGCCCCCGAAGCGAAUACGCAAAAUGCCGUCGAUGCCUCUUUUACCGCAUCCAAUAUCCGCUCAAACGCUUACCCCAUCUUCGCCUGAGGCGCCAAACAAAAAUUUACCUUCUUUACCCGGUACUUUACCGAAAAACGCGAGACAGGGACUGUUUUCGAAACUGUUUGCUAAAAAAAAUAAGAAAGAUAAGUGCUCGACAUCGAGUCUAAAUAGAGACAGUGAUCCGUCGUUGAAUACUUCGUAUUCAUUGAAAAACUCUGUACAAGGUGUUACUCAGUCACAGACUCAACGUCCUAGUAUGACAAGCGUUACAAGCGUCAAGUCCCUCAAGCUAGACGACGAUGAUACACCGCCAUACGGUGUAGAUUUAACUGAAGCAGAGCAUUACGCUCUGUAUACUACUAUGGCACCACACGCGACUGCCUCAGAAUUCGAUGAGAUGUCUUUUUACUAUAGUCUAGUCGAGGGUGGAAAGAUACUGACAGAAGCGAAAGAGACUUAAACUAUCGACUUGAUGUUUGACCGAUGUUUAAUAUUUCUUUUUUGUUUAUAUACUGCCAAGUUGAAUAUGACUCAAUAUUUGUAUAUGGAAUGAUAGUUUGAGUCUACCGACUUUGUCUGGCGAAAUGUGAGAAUCGUCUUGCAUUGAGACUAAGUUUUUAUUAUUGUCUUGUUGUAAAUUUGCAAUUUCAACAUGACAUACGUUUGAGAAUAUAUUUAUAUCUUUAAACCGAUUUUUCCGAGAAAUGGGAAAAUCAAGAAUUAUUUCCUAGGAUACGUUCCCAUAUAAAAAAGGAUUGAUUCUUGUUGUAAGAUCGACGCAUUUAUCUAAGUGUGCAGAAUACUAAUCUAGUCAAAGUGUAAUUUGUUAUUUUUUCUUUGAUAUUUUCUAUUAACGAUUUUUACAAGUGACUUGUAAACAAGUGACUUUCGGUGAUUGUUAUUUAUUAUCAAAUAAUCAAAAUUCUUUUCUAGUCAAGUUCGACGCUGUUAUAUUUUCGUAUUAUAUUCUGAAUACGCGUUGCUUUACCACGUGUUGUUAAGUUUUAUAUGAUAUUACGAGUUUAAAGCAAAACGUCCUUUUCUUCUCAAGUUGUUAUAGACUGCUAAUUUUAAAAAAUGUCUCAACGAAAGUCCUAAGCUCAGUUUGUCCAGUGUUGACUCUCCAUUUUGGAGUAACUUCAUUAAUGUACACUAAGAACAUUUGUAAGAUUUAAAAUAUACGAGGCCUUCUUCAUUCAGGGCAAUUGUACGCGGUAUUAUCGAGAUGUAAUAAAAACUCAUUAAUAUACAAUCAUUUAUAGAUGAUGCCGAUUCGUUAAGGCGAAAGAGACAAAAGAUUAAUAACAGCUCAAG